AGAUGGCGAUCUAGCACUCUUGACUGGACAGUUGCAUCAGUUCCUGUGUGUGCGUGUUGUAAAUGGCUGUGCUGUGGCUGCUGCUCCACGCUACUUUUUAUUCCCAGGACGCAGAAUAGUAAUACAGUCUCAUCUUGUAGGAAAGGCAGUGAUCAUAAGACGUCACAUUCCUGCUUGGGUUGGUUCGACAAAGCCAAGUGCGCAGCUAUUUGUAAGCUAAGACAACAACAACAACCAGCAGCACCAUGCCCAUGGAUAACGUAGGGAUUUCUCUGAGAUCCCCUCGCCUUGCGGAGACCAGAUCUGCGUCAGAUCCAUAGCAAAGACAGCCGUCAAUUGCUCCGGAUCUCUCAGCUGUAAAAAACAAAAACAUAAAAAAGGGACUUCGUGUUGCCUUUUCUUCGCAACAAAUAGGACGCACGCCGUGGAUUUGAAGAGUCAUGGAGGAAACAGCUGCUGCAGCUCCAGCCUCUGGCAACGGUGCUGCCCCACCAACCCCGAGACCUCAGCUUCCCCCCUUUGUGCCCUCCCGCAGCCUGCUAGAGUGGAGACGGAGGGUCAAGUCUGAGUAUAUGCGCCUUCGCCAAUUAAAACGCCUUAAAAAAGUAGAAGAGGUCAAGACCCUGUUCAUGUCCAACAGGCAAAAGAUUGAACAGCAGACAAAUCUCCUGAAUGCAGAGUGGUCCAAGCUCAGAGUUCAGUCCAUCCCUCUGUCAACGUCUGGUGGAGCUCAGGGCAACAAAAAGAUGUGUACAGUGGAGUUUGGCUUCCCAGAAUUCAAAGCUCAAGCCAUUGCCAUGAGACCCUUAUCAACGGUGACAGGAAUCCCCUUCAUGUACUCCUGGUCGCCUCUGCAGAACAACUUCAUGGUUGAGGACGAGACGUUCCUUCACAACAUCCCCUACAUGGGCGACGAGGUGCUGGAACAGGACGAGGCCUUCCUGGAGGAACUCAUCGACAACUAUGAUGGUGUCCAUGGUGACAGAGAGGGGGGGGUUAUCAGUGACGAAGUCUUUAAAGAGCUAGUGGAAGCCCUGAGCCAGUACUCUGACCACGAGGAAGAGGAAGAGGAAGAAGCAGCGGUGACAGCGGUGACAGGGACGAUGGCGGACGUCAUGGGAAAGAAGGAGGACGAGAGAGUGAUGAGGAGCUCAGUGGAGGGUUCAGAAGAGACCAAACCUGGUACUGUGGCAUCCAUCAGGAGGAAGAGGAGGAGCACUACGGAGGUGAGGGACUUGUCCAGCAGCAAGAAGGUCCCCAACGAUAACAUAUUCACAGCCAUUGCCUCAAUGUUCCCUUACAAGGGCACCAUGGAGGAGCUGAAGGAAAAGUACAAGGACCUCCUAGAGCCCCCCAGUCCGGUCAAGCUGCCCCCACACUGCACCCCCAACCUGGACGGACCCUUUGCUAAGUCUGUACAGCGGGAACAGUCGUUACACUCCUUCCACACGCUCUUCUGCAGACGUUGCUUCAAAUAUGACUGUUUCCUCCACCCUUUCCAUGCUACACCCAAUGUUUACAAGAGGAAGAGUAAGGAGAUCCGCAUUGAGACUGAACCAUGUGGUGUAGACUGCUUCCUGUUACAGAAAGGGGCUAAAGAAUUUGUGGAUCAGAAUAUGUUACGGUCACAGAGGUCUCGGAGGCGCCGAAGGCAGCAGCGUCCCACCUGCUCCAGCUUUCCUGGACCGUCUGCAUCUGCUGAGGAUGGAAAGGAGGCCUACAGUGACCAUGAAACCACCUCCUCCUCAGAGGGGAAUUCGCGAUGCCAGACUCCCACAAAGAUGCGUCUAAGGGAUGAUGAAGGAGAGCAGCAGGCGGGCUGUGUGGUUCAGUGGAGCGGGGCGGAGGAAUCACUCUUCCGGGUUCUACACGGCACUUACUUCAACAACUUCUGCUCCAUUGCUCGUCUCAUCGGUACAAAGAACUGCAAGGAGGUGUACGAGUUUGCAGUAAAGGAGGUCCUUAACCAUCGUGUUCCUUUGGUUGAUGGAGGCGUCGCGCCCCAAAAGAAGAAACGCAAACACAGGUUAUGGGCAAAGAUUCAGCUAAAGAAAGAUAAUUUGUCCAAUCAGGUGUACAACUACCAGCCAUGUGAUCACCCCGACCAUCCAUGCGAUAGCUCCUGCCCGUGUGUGAUGACCCAGAAUUUCUGUGAGAAGUUCUGCCAGUGCGCGCAUGAGUGCCAGAACCGCUUCCCAGGCUGCAGGUGUAAGACACAGUGUAACACUAAACAGUGUCCCUGCUACUUAGCCGUGAGGGAAUGUGACCCAGAUCUGUGCAUGACCUGCGGUACUGCAGACCACUGGGACAACAAAGCCAUCUCCUGCAAGAACUGCAGCAUCCAGAGAGGCCUAAAAAAGCACCUGCUUUUAGCUCCAUCAGAUGUCGCUGGAUGGGGCACCUUCAUCAAAGAGUCAGUUCAGAAGAAUGAGUUCAUCUCUGAAUAUUGUGGAGAGCUGAUCUCCCAAGAUGAGGCAGACCGACGUGGAAGGAUCUAUGACAAAUACAUGUCUAGCUUCCUCUUCAACUUGAACAAAGACUUUGUUGUGGAUGCCACGCGAAAGGGGAAUAAAAUCCGCUUUGCAAAUCAUUCAGUUAAUCCCAACUGCUACGCUAAAGUGGUAAUGGUGAAUGGAGACCACCGCAUCGGUAUCUUUGCCAAACGAGCUAUCCUGCAAGGAGAGGAGCUCUUCUUUGACUACAGAUACAGCCAAGCGGAUGCCCUCAAAUAUGUUGGCAUAGAGAGGGAGCGUCACAUAGCUGAUGAGUUUCUAUGAGCAGUCGCUGUCUCUGUUGCAAUUCUAAAAAUAGAGUCCCUCCCCGCUGUAUGCAGAUAUCAUACCACCUCCUUCAGUGACAGCAGUUAGCUCUCCCUCUCAUCUGCCCGAACCCACCCACCUACCUGCAAGAGUGUAUACGCCAAGCUUAUAAAAUGUAGCUAUUUAAAGUGGAAAUACAAUUAAUCCGUAUCGCUUACUGCACCAAGAGGAUCACAUUAUUCUUUUUUUUUUUCAUCAAGACAAAGCAAUGAAGUCGCGAUUACAUUACAUCAUCAUCAUCAAGUGUGUUACUCUCUCAGCAGUUUUAUUACUGUACUUAUAGACCGGCUUUUGUUUGACCUCUCAAUACGUAGUGCAAGCUUUUACAUCGUACCUAAUGAUGAUCAGUGAAAUGCAUGUGCUGUCUCUUGGAUAAACAAACCAUUAAACAUGUUAGCCACAGCAUUAGCUACAGUCUGAUGCUGCUCUGUGCAGUCUUUCAGUAUUUUAGUGUGAUGUUACUGCCUGUUCUUCAGAAUAACUUGACUGUUUGACAGUGUUGUAUGUUCUUCUAUGAACCUUUUCAGCGGCUAGCAUCACCACCACAAAAUAAAAGUAAAAUUAGUUAUUGUGCAUUUAUAUCAUUGUUCGGCAAAAGUAUAGGCAGCCAGACUAGAAACCGACUGACUGAAUGUAACCUGUAAAUGAUGGUGAAGAGAUCUCAUCCCUCUUUUCAUUUUACACAUUAAUCCAUUCUACUGGUACUCUGGGCAACGUACUGUUUAACAUUUAUAAACAUUUAUCAUCAUGUUUACAUGAUCUUGAGGCCUUCACACCUUGUGAAGGAAAUAAUUAAUAAAUUAACAAGUCACACAGUAAAUGUCUUCCUUUACAAAUUUUUAAAGUGCCAAAUGAUUUCUCACAGAAAAAGGCUGAUACCGUGUGGAUAGGUUGCAUACUUAACAGAGGUGUGUUUGCAAGGGUUUUACCAUGACAAAAGCAAAUUCAUCUGUGUUUGACCAAAUACUAAAGUCCCCCACAUGUGAAUGUAAUUUAUCUUUUAUCAUCUUCUCUUCAUUUUUUAUACGUCCAGAUUUGUUAUUCACUAUGUCUUUCAUUUUUAAAACAUUAACGCCCACAUUGAAAUGAGAUCUUUCUCAAUAGGAUAUGAAAAAAAUGGAGUUUACUGCUUUGUACAGUGUAUGCCUAUAACAAUAAAGGUUUAACUUUAUACAAUAAAA